CCGCCGCCGCCGCCUUGGCCAUGCGGCUCCCGGGCUGGGGACCUGGGCUCGGGCCCGCGCCGCCCCCUACGCACCGCCCUCGCUGAGCCCGUGCCCGCCCGGGCGCCGCCCGGCACCAUGGUGCAGAAGUCGCGCAACGGCGGCGUGUACCCCGGCCCGAGCGGGGAGAAGAAGCUCAAGGUGGGCUUCGUGGGGCUGGACCCCGGCGCGCCCGACUCCACCCGGGACGGCGCGCUGCUCAUCGCCGGCUCCGAGGCCCCCAAGCGCGGCAGCAUCUUGAGCAAGCCGCGCGCGGGCGGCGCGGGCGCCGGGAAGCCCCCCAAGCGCAAUGCCUUCUACCGCAAGCUGCAGAAUUUCCUCUACAACGUGCUGGAGCGGCCGCGCGGCUGGGCGUUCAUCUACCACGCCUACGUAUUCCUGCUGGUCUUCUCCUGCCUCGUGCUGUCCGUGUUCUCCACCAUCAAGGAGUACGAGAAGAGCUCGGAGGGCGCGCUUUACAUCCUGGAAAUCGUGACCAUCGUGGUGUUUGGUGUGGAGUACUUUGUGCGGAUCUGGGCUGCGGGCUGUUGCUGCCGGUACCGUGGCUGGAGGGGGCGGCUCAAGUUUGCCCGGAAGCCCUUCUGUGUGAUCGACAUCAUGGUGCUCGUGGCCUCCAUCGCGGUGCUGGCCGCCGGCUCCCAGGGCAACGUCUUCGCCACGUCCGCGCUCCGGAGCCUGCGGUUCCUGCAGAUCCUGAGGAUGAUCCGCAUGGACCGGCGCGGCGGCACCUGGAAGCUCCUGGGCUCCGUGGUCUACGCCCACAGCAAGGAGCUGGUCACCGCCUGGUACAUCGGCUUCCUCUGCCUCAUCCUGGCCUCAUUUCUGGUGUACUUGGCGGAGAAGGGGGAGAACGACCACUUCGACACCUAUGCAGAUGCGCUCUGGUGGGGCCUGAUCACCCUGACGACCAUCGGCUACGGGGACAAGUACCCCCAGACCUGGAACGGGAGGCUCCUGGCAGCGACCUUCACCCUCAUCGGUGUCUCCUUCUUUGCUCUUCCUGCUGGCAUUUUGGGGUCUGGCUUUGCCCUGAAAGUUCAAGAGCAGCAUCGUCAGAAGCACUUUGAGAAGAGGCGGAACCCCGCAGCUGGCCUGAUCCAGUCCGCCUGGAGGUUCUACGCCACCAACCUCUCGCGCACGGACCUGCACUCCACGUGGCAGUACUAUGAGCGCACGGUGACCGUGCCCAUGUACAGUUUGCGGCUUUUAUUUUUCACCUUCAUUCUGCCCCCCUGCUUAGUGUCCUUGCUGUCAGGUGCCUUGUGUGUGAGCACCGCGGAGACAGCCCCCCAGAGCUCGCGGAGACUGAUUCCGCCACUCAACCAGCUGGAGCUGCUGCGGAACCUCAAGAGUAAAUCUGGCCUCACCUUCAGGAAGGAGCCUCAGCCGGAGCCCUCGCCAAGUAAAGGCAGACGGUGCAGAGAGUCCCUGUGUGGAUGCUGCCCUGGACACGCUAGUCAGAAGGUCAGUUUGAAAGACCGUGUCUUCUCCAGCCCCCGAGGCGUGGCUGCCAAGGGCAAGGGGUCCCCCCAGGCCCAGACCAUGCGGCGGUCGCCCAGCGCCGACCAGAGCCUGGAGGACAGUCCGAGCAAGGUGCCCAAAAGUUGGAGCUUCGGGGAGCGCGGCCGCGCACGGCAGGCCUUCCGGGCCAGGGGCGCCGCUUCCCGGCAGAACUCGGAAGAAGCAAGUCUCCCCGGGGAGGACAUCGUGGAUGACAACAAGAGCUGCACCUGCGAGUUUGUGGCCGAGGAUCUGACCCCGGGCCUCAAAGUCAGCAUCCGGGCCGUGUGUGUCAUGCGGUUCCUGGUGUCCAAGCGAAAGUUCAAGGAGAGCCUACGGCCCUACGACGUGAUGGACGUGAUCGAGCAGUACUCAGCCGGCCACCUGGACAUGCUGUCCCGCAUCAAAAACCUGCAGUCCAGGAUAGAUAUGAUUGUGGGCCCCCCACCCCCUUCAACUCCCCGGCACAAGAAGUACCCCACCAAAGGACCCACGGCCCCUCCGAGAGAGUCACCCCAGUACUCACCUAGAGUGGACCAGAUCGUUGGGCGGGGCCCAGCCAUAGCGGAUAAAGACCGGAGCAAGGGCCCGGCGGAGGCGGAGCUGCCCGAGGACCCCAGCAUGAUGGGCCGGCUGGGGAAGGUGGAGAAGCAGGUCCUGUCCAUGGAGAAGAAGCUGGAUUUCCUGGUGAACAUCUACAUGCAGCGCAUGGGUGUCGCCCCGACGGAGACUGAGGCCUACUUUGGGGCCAAGGAGCCAGAGCCGGCGCCACCAUACCACAGCCCCGAGGACAGCCGGGACCACGGCGGCAGGAACGGCUGCAUCGUCAAGCUGGUCCGCUCCACCAGCUCCACGGGCCAGAAGAACUUCUCAGCGCCCCCGGCCGCGCCGCCCACACAGUGCCCGCCGUCCACCUCGUGGCAGCAGCAGGGCUUCCCGCGCCAGGGCUACGGCACCUCGCCCGUGGGCGACCACGGCUCACUGGUGCGCAUCCCGCCACCACCUGCCCACGAGCGAUCGCUGUCCGCCUACAGCGGGGGCAACCGGGCCAGCACGGAGUUCCUGAGGCAGGAGGACGCCCCGGCCGGCAGGCCCCACGAGGGUGCCCUGCGGGGCAGCGACACGUCCAUCUCCAUCCCGUCCGUGGACCACGAGGAGCUGGAGCGCUCCUUCAGCGGCUUCAGCAUCUCCCAGUCCAAGGAGAACCUGGACGCCCUCAGCGGCUGCUACGCGGCUGUCGCGCCGUGCGCCAAAGUCAGGCCCUACAUCGCCGAGGGCGAGUCGGACACAGACUCGGACCUCUGCACCCCCUGCGGGCCCCCGCCACGCUCUGCCACGGGCGAGGGCCCCUUCGGUGACGUGGGCUGGGCCGGGCCCCGGAAGUGAGGCUGCCUCCAGCCUCUCCCUGACUCCCAGCAGCCGGGUCUCUAGGGGGACCCUCUGGGGCCUCUUCCUAGAGUAACGCAGUGGGGGUGCCCGUGUGGGGCAGCGGGCGGGCGCAGCCCUUGGUCUCUCACACUGCAAGUUGGCAAAAAUUCUUUUCCAGCAAGGGGCAGCCAGGCUGGCCGUGCCCACUCUGCAGACUGCUGGCCCAGCUGUGACGGGGGCCGGGGUCAAGGCUGAAGGCAGCCCCUGGUGGCCCGGUGGAGGCAUGGGCCGGGAGCAGGGCCGGGUGAGGGUGGCAGUGAGGGGUCUCCGAGAGGAUCAGCGGCCUUGCAGCCUCAGGGGAGGUGUGGCCGGCAGCACCGCUCGGGCGAUGACCUUUGCCUCAUGGCUGUCCCUCCAGAGCUGCUGGUCAGUGUCAUCCUAUCCCCCCAUCCCAGGUUCUGAGUGUUCUGUGAUGGGAGCCCAUCCCAAGUCCAGGACCCUGGCCGGGCACCGCAUGGGUGCACAGAGUGACCCUCAGACAUCCCGAAUGUGGCUCUUGUGGGGAGGGGCCCACUCUGCAGACUCCUGGAAGAGGGUGCUUGGGGCUCCCGUCUAUUUCUAGGAGACUCCUGUGGUCCUCUCUGCCCUGCCCUAGCGGGCACUGGUCACCAGGCUGUGGCCAGCUCUGCAGUGUGGACUGCUUGCAGGAGUGAUGUGGUGGGGGUGUGGCGUCCCCCUGGCCGGGGCUCAGGUUCUGGGGUCCUGGGCCCGGCAGGUCAUGGUGAACAGGUUUGCACUGUCCUUCACCAAGGAUCCUGCCUUGCCUGUCCCCAUCAGUCCCCUCACAGGACCUGGGGCUGGGCAGUGUGCUAACCCCCAGGAUAACCCUUCAGGGCCCCACAGGGCAGUAGAGCCCCCACCCCAGUCCAGAGAUGAAGGCAGCUCUGUCUUGUAGAGUGUCUCUCUUGCCCCUGCUGGAGCUCACCACCCACUGUCCGUCCUCCCCCACUGAUCAGCCCCUUGGCUGUGACCUCUUGGUGUCUUGGGAGUCAGAGAAGCCCAUCCCCACACUGGGCCCUGGGGAGCAGGGAUCCCCAUCCCUCUAGUCUUGGGCAUCUUGGCCUGAGGGGCAGCAGCUUCGAGCCAAGAGUCAAAUCGUGGGGGACGGAGUGGAAUCCCCACCCCAGCUGUCCAUGUCCUGGCGCUCUGAGACCUUUGGGGAGCAGUGUGUUCUGUAGCCUCUGCGUGUGCCCCGCACCCUGGCCAGGCCAUGCAGGGUCCCACCCAUGGACACCUCUCUGCUGGGGCUGCUGGCCGGGCAGCUGGAGGGUGGGCUGGGCCCAGAGCAGGAGGACCCAGGCUUGGACUCAGAACCCGUGGUCUGUGCUCAGGGCCGCAGUGUGAGGGCACCCCCUCCUUCCCAGCAGCCCAGAGGGAUCGGGCGUGGAGCCUGCCAUGUGGCCUGGGGAGGGGCUCCUGCUGCCCCUCCCCCUGCUGUGUCCCCCUCUCAGAGUCCUCCUCGUUCUCAAGGGCAGUGUUUCUCCAGCCCCAGACCCUGCAAUGCUGAGAAAAGCCCCUCCCAGUAUUGGCACGAAGAGGCCCAGGCAGAGGGCCGCUCCUGGGGUGGAGUCUGAGCCCCCCUCGCCCUCCCGCUGUGGGAGGGGAGGCCCCACCUCACCCCGGCCCCGGCUGCCGUUCUCCGGCCCCGGGGGGAGAGAUUCACGUUGCCAGCAGCAGCGACCCGUCCGUGUCAGACCUUGGCUGGCAUGGACCCCUGGCCCAGGUAGGAGGGGUCCUUGGCCCCUGGUGAGAGUUUUGUGUCCUGCACCAGGCACCCCUGUGCCGUGGGGCCCUGGCAACGGAGGAGCCAGCUCUGACACGCCUCCUGUCCCCAGCGCCGCGGAGCCUGGAGCUGGUGCCAGGCCACUGCCGGGAGGGUCUCCAAGGUUGCAGCAGGAGGGACUGAGGCUAGACUGUGGACAUGCUGCCCGCAGCAAGGUGGUUAUGAAGUUCAUCCUGGCCCCUCUGUAAGACAGGAGGCCUGCGUCUCUGCUUGGGGGAUGGUUUGGGGGUGUAGUCUGGGGAGAGGAUGGGGUACAGGCUUCUUCUCAGGGGCCCCCAGACCCAGGCCUGAGCAACGUCUGUCCGCUGCCCAGGGGCCCCACUUUUGGGAAGCGUAGGCUUCAGGAAAGAGGCUGGGCGCUCGCUGGGAAGUCGGUGCCCUUCCUGGGCUGCGGGCCCGCCACUGCCCCGCGGCUGGCGCGGCGUGUCUUUCCCAAGACGAGCAGGUGUGCUACCAGAGGUCGCACCCCCAAACAAACCCCACACACACCUGUGCUCACACACAUGCAGCAGCUCGCACUCAUGUGCACACCCGCGGGCACACAGUGCACAUUCGCCUGCACAUGCAGCGUGCACGAGUGUACCCACCCCCACACCACAUGUGCACGCCCACGUGCACGUGCACACAUGCCCCCACGUGUGCGCACAUCCGUCUGACCUCUCUCUGGCUCCCCCCACUUUAAGCCAGAAGAAUUAAUGACUUCGGGAGCCCAGGUGAUCCUGAAACGCUGGGCCCUGGGUGAGGGUCCCUGCUGUGUGGGGCCUCUGGGCAGCACUGGCAGAGGGUCCGCCAGAGCCCAUCCAGGGUCCCACGCUGCCCUCCUCCGUACCCUCAGCUGCCCUGGUGGCUGUCUGGAGUGUUGAAUCAGCCAGAUGCCAAGAGCCUGGGCCAGGGCGGUCCCUGCCUCCUUAGCCUUGCAGCCCGGCCUUGGCAGCCUCUCUCUUCACCGGCCCGGCAUCUCCCUCUUCUGUCCACGUGAAAUCACGAGCCAUGGUCUCAGCUGGGGCAGCUCUGGAGGAUGGAGGACCCCAGCCAGGGGGCGGGGGUCCUCCCGGGCCUGCCCCCUGCCCACAGGAGCCCCCACCCCCAGCGGCACAGCUGUCCUUUGGGUAGAGUCACUUCAAAGCCCUGUUCAGAGGCUCUGGGAGUCCACCCCGCGAGGGGGCCACCUGGUCAGAGCAGUAAGAGCCAGCCACCGCCUCUCCCCACCCCCGCCCCACGCCCCAGCCUGGAGCUCAGGCACCAGCCGGGUGGCUCGGCACAUCCUUCACGCAUGGGUUGAUUUUGACCCCUCCUUGCACUAGGCUGGGGUUCCCCGGCGCUCACGAAUCUGAGGUGUUAAGAUGGGAGGGGAUGGGAAGGCAUCCCCUUUCCUGCCAGCCCCACUCUUGUGGGGCACCCUGGGAAGCAGGUGCCCCGCCCCUGCUGUUUGGACAGAACUUGGCCCUGGGACAUUUCUAGAUGCUUCCGAAGCCCCGGAGGGUGGAGGGCUGCAGGGAGGCCUUUGUAGAAACACUGGCAUGUGUACGGUUUCACCCUCACCCUGAGCUGUAUAUAAUGGGCAGAGUGCCGGAUGGAGGCGCCUGCCCGGGUCUCCUGCUGCGAGGAAGGACGCGUUCCCGGCCCCCGCGUCACAGACGCUGGAAUAAACGUGGUGCGAAGAGGGCUGGUUUGACAGUGAGGACCUGCCGGGGAGAGUUUGGGUAAUCCUGCACCCGUGGGAGGGUGGGGAGUUCUGAGCAGCAGGUGGGGCUCCGUGACGCCCAGUGCACAGUGACUCGAGUCUGACACUCCUUUCCCUGGCCGAUGCUGUCCUGAGUGGUCCUAAGGCUGUGGCGUGGAUAACCCUGCCCUCCGUGACCCCCGAGCAGAUCUCCAGGCCUCCUGCUUGUAUGCACUGACGUCCAACGUCUGGUGUAGGGCAGGAGGGCUGGGUGGGGCCCUGUGAGGGUAGGUUGCCUGAUUGUAGCGCCCAUGGAGGUGCCUGCCCAGUGUGGCGGUCCCAGGCCAGCUGCCUCCCGCGUUCCUGCCCCCAGGGGUGGGCUCCACUUGGGCUCCUGCCAAAUGCUAAGUGGGAGAGACAAACAGGGAGGGCUUCCUGGAGGACGUGGUGUGCUGGGAAGUGGGAAAGACAUCCAGGGAGGCUUCUGGAGGAGGUGGUGUGCUGGGGCCAGUAGCUGGCACCUUUCUUCUCUCCAGGGGCCAGGGGAGCCAGCUGCCCAGGCCUAGACCUUGCGUAGCCCUGGAGCAUGCAUGAGGGGUCCCACACUUCCCUGGGUUCUGCCGUCUCGUGAGGGAUGGGGGCUGACAACAGACAUAGGAAGACGGGGUGUUGGAGGGAGGGGAGCUUAGGGAGCAGGGCAGAGAGAGUGAGGAGGAUGCUUCUUGGGAGGAGAGACCCCUCUGGGUUGGAGGAAGAGUCGGGUGGCCUCUUGUUGUGGACAUUUGCAUGGGUGCCCCUGGUGUGGCUGGGUGGCCCUGUCCAGAGAGACCCUCAGGAUGGACAGAUCGUGUGCUGGGAGAGGGAGGAAGGGGCCCUCCUGGGGGGCGGCCCUCAGUCCUAGGGCUUCCAGGUGGGCCUGUGGAAGUCACUGCCUUAAUGAAUGUUGAUGAAAAUUCACCGAGGUCACCCCAUGCCCCCUUGGAAUCCGCCAGGCACCAACACCAGACCCUGCCGUCUCCGUCCGUGGUCUGCGGGACCAGCUCACAGCAAGCACAGAGUGGGCGGCGGAUCUCACAUCAUCGCACCUGCUGGGCUCCACCCACAUGCCCGCCUGGGGUCCCCCUGCGCCCCUGGGGUCCCCUGCACCCCUAGGGUCCCCCUGCACCCCUGGGGUCCCCUGCGCCCCCAUCCCAUGCUGUCCUCGCAGCCGCACCCUCUGGCCCAAAGGCGGCUGUGACCCCCACCCGCGCUGUUGCCUUGGCUGUCUGCACUUUUGUUCACGUUCAUGCUCCAAAGAAAAUGUCAUGAUGCCUUCAGUACUGACGUAAACUGUCUCCCACGCGUCCCUGCAGCAGGCGCCGGGCCUCUCCUCGUGGGCGGGUCACCACCCUGUGACGGGGGACGUACACACCGGCCGUUUUCUAGGGACAGACGCCCAGGGAAAGAACUCUAUAGUUUUCUACGGACCAGCUGAGAUUCUCACUCAACUCACUGUCAGGUUGACGCUUGUGCCACCAGGAGGCCCAGUGCUGUUUGCCGGGGACCGCGGGCGUGGAGGCGGCAGCAGGGAUGCAUGUGGAAAGUUCUGCCACAGGGACGAGUUCGGAUGCCCAGCGGACCUGUGCACUUAGUAAAACACAGUGAUUCA